AUGGAUCCCUUGGGACAAGCAGCUCAGCGACUACCAGCUCUGUUGCAGCUCCUGCACGAGGAGCUGGAUGCCGAGAUCUUCCUAGCUUUGAGACCGCAGCGCCUGGCUGAGUCACCCUUGACAGGCUACUUCCGCACGGCACCCGUGCCCAAGAUGUCCUCCCCAGGCCUCAGUGCACUGGCCACCUGGGAUGGUCAUCUUCCAGGGGUACGGAUCGAGUUGCCACCGUUGCUAAGUGCGCAGCUGAACGCGCCGGAUGCCUGGCUGUGCUCUGCUGUGGACUCCGGAGGCGCUGACUUGGACAAUAUCCGAGCCUUGGACCAGGUUCGCGUGCGAUACGUUGUUGAAGCACUGUUCUUGGAAGGCUUUGCGGAGGAGCAUGACAUUGCAGGGGGUGUCAAGCAGGACGGCAUGGGCCGACCUGCGACGGGGCGACAGUUGGCCCUCGCACCCUUGCGUGGCACAGAGAGCGCUGCUGGCAGUGACUCUGUGGUGGUGAAGAGCGGCUACUUCCAGUUGCGCCAAACGCCUGGAGUGUUUCAAUUGGCACUUCAAACACAGAAGGCCGAGAAGUUGGUGAAACCCAAGGGCCUGGUCCAUUUGACGGUGCGCUUGGGCGCGCCAGGGGACUUGGCUGGUCGAGGCUCCCUCUUGGAGACUUUGCUGAUGCCUGGCGAGCGGCAAGACGACCCCUACGCUAAGCUCUUCGCGACCAAGAAUUCAGAUUCCAUCAAGACCUUUGGGGGCGCCGGCGGCGAUCGAAAGAAAUGUAAGGAAACGAUCCACAUUUUCAGCGUCGCCUCAGGCCUUCGCUACGAAAGGUUGCUGCGGAUCAUGAUGAUGUCGGUCAGGAAGCACACCAAAUGUCCCCUGCGAUUUUGGCUAGUGGAGAAUUUCCUAUCUGCCAGCUUCAGACGCAUGUUGCCGGGUUUGGCGGCCGAGGUGGGUUUUGCAGUGAGCACGGUGACCUACAAAUGGCCUACCUGGUUGCGGGAACAAGUCCAGAAGCAGAGAGUGAUUUGGGCCUACAAGAUCCUUUUCCUGGAUGUCUUCUUUCCCGGUGAAGUGAAGCGCAGCUGGGCCACAGAAAGGAAACGCAAGGGCAGAAGUAAGGCUCGUCUGGGUCGCCCAGGAAUUCUCUUCAUCGAUGCCGAUCAGAUUGUUCGGGCUGAUGUCAGGGAACUCUGGGAACUGGACAUCGAAGGCAAGGUCUAUGGUUUCGUUCCCUUCUGCGGCUCUGGGCCAUCUGAGAGCCUUAGCAGCUCCAUGUGGAAGUCGCUAACUGGAAAGGCUGCCAAGCAAGAAGACCUGAAGAAUCCUGACACUGUCGGCUUCAGAUUCUGGGAGCAGGGCUUUUGGAAGACUCAUUUGAAAAAUCGUCACUUCUAUCACAUCUCUGCGCUGUUCGUGGUGGAUUUAGUGGCCUUCCGUCAGCGUGGUGCUGGCGACAUUCUUAGGGAUGUCUACCAAUCCCUCACGGCGGAUCCUCAUAGUUUGGCCAACCUGGAUCAGGACUUGCCCAACUACAUCCAGGCCAAUCUGCCUAUCCAUAGCUUGCCUCAGGAGUGGCUUUGGUGCGAAAGUUGGUGUAGCGAAAGCUCCAAAAAGAAUGCCAAGACCAUCGACAUGUGUCAACAUCCUUCCAAGAAGGAGGGAAAGUUGCAGCAAGCUCGUCGUAUUGCACCUGAAUGGACUCAAUAUGAUGAAGAGCUUCAAAGGAUGAUUGACAAGUUGGAAACCUAA